AGUCGUGUGUCGAUGACAGAUUAUCGUGGAAAUGUCCUUCUCGACACGUUUGUCCGUCCAACGCAUUCUGUCGAGGAUUAUCGUAUGGUCGACACAGGCUUAUGUCCUUCCGACCUCGAAAGCGGUUAGAGAGCAGCACCAUUAUUUGUAGAUGUUCAACAGAGGGUAGCAAGACUGAUGAAAGGCAGAGUUCUUGUUGGCCACCGUCUUUGGAUAUUUCUUUCUGUGCUUGGACUUUCACAUCCAGCACUCGACACACGCGACCUCGCAUUAUUUCGCCCGCUCCGGAAGAGACUCAAAAGUCGGUGCCUCGUCAGCUUGCCGACACUUGUGAGCAUUUUCAUGGGAAGGGAAGUCGGCCUGGAUUAUGAAAACCCUCUAGAGUCUGCGCGGGCCUCGAUGGAUCUGUUCCGUUCCUGUCAGGAAUUAUUUGAAGGAAUUGUUUAUGCGGGAGCUUGGCCUUGCGAUCUGCCCCCUACGGCAUUCGCAAAGCACUUUUUAUGA